GAACAAAUGAAUGUAUCGUGUGCAUGAAGGUUUCCGUAAUAAUAAACUUGUUCAGCUGUAUAACAAAACACUGCGUAAUUAUAUACAGCAAUCAUUACUUUACUGGCUUUACAUUCGCAUGGUGGAUAAUAACGAUACUGGUAUACAGUUAUAAUACAGAUCUAUGGCAGGCGCAUUCACAACACUCUCUGAUGCCAUGAAAAGGGAACUUGAGGAGGCAGCCAAAGGUGGAAUUGCAAAGUUGAAAGACUUUAUCAAGAACAAAAAUAGUGAGUGGAAGAAGAUUCCUUUAAAUAUAGGUAUAACGGGGCAAGCUGGGGUAGGAAAAUCAAGCUUUAUCAAUACGAUUCGUGGCAUCACAGCAGAGGAUGAAGGUGGAGCACAUGUAGAUGUAGUCGAGGCAACGAUUGAAAUAAAACCCUACAAACAUCCCAUAAAUGAAAAUAUGAUUUUCUGGGAUCUACCUGGAGUUGGAUCACCAAAGUUUCCCCGCGACAAAUAUCUGGAUCUGGUGAAUUUUGAACGGUUCGACUUUUUCAUCAUCAUGUCCGCUAGUAGAUUUCGAGAUGACGAUUUAUGGCUAGCUGUAGAAAUUCGCAAACUGAACAAGAAUUUUCAUUUCAUCCGAACGCAAAUUGGUCUAGAGAUUGAGAAGGACAAACAAUCACAUCCUAAAACUCAUGAAAAAUCAAAAGUGAUAGAGAAAAUCAGAAGGGAUUGCUUGGAAAAUCUUGCCAAGGUAAAGCUCAAAGAAGCGUCGGUUUUUCUCAUUGACAACUACGCUCCUUUGGAUUUUGAGUUUAAUGAUCUUGCAUCGACAUUAAUCGAUGAAGCUCCUGAACGUAAAAAGGAAGCCAUGACACUGUCCAUGUCAUUGCUUACACAUGAUGUUUUGAAAAAGAAAAUUGAAGCAUUGAGUAACAGAAUCUUAAAAGUUUCUAUAGUCUCAGCGAUAGGUGGAGCGAUACCGAUACCUGUGGUUGGUGCACUUAUUGAUGGGGCACUCAUGUUAGAAGAAGUUAUUUUCUACAAACAACAACUUGGACUUGACGCGAAAACUAUGGAAGAUAAUGCACGUCUUCUUAAGACAGAUGCCAGAGAGUUGGAGAAAAAAUUAUGUCUGCGAAGUCUUACCAUAGCAGGAACUGCAAAAGGUCUGGUACAAGGAGCUUCAUGUGCUAUUGCUGAUGAGGCCAUCGAGAGUGCAUUGCCAAUUGCAAUUCCUGUUAUAGGCAGUUUUGUUUCUGCCGGAGUUUCCUAUGGAGUAACAGUAUCUGCUCUGAAAUACUACCUCAAAUUGUGCUCUGAAGAUACAUUCAAGAUCAACGAAGAACUAAUGCGAAAUGCACUGAAUUAGCUUAAUGCCAGUACGAUGGUACAGUUGCAAUGAGGCA